AUGUGCGAUCGUGUGCGACGCGCGCGCGCCAAGGAACGCGCGUCCACGACGGACGCCGACGCACAAGAUGACACGCGGCGAGGUGGGGCGUCGUGGACGCCGACAGCCACGACGCGCGAGGGCGUCCCGACUCGAUUGCGAGGGGCGCAGGCGAAAGGCGUAUCGUGGUGCUGGGCCACGCGCGCCAACGGAUCGAUCUGCGGCGCGCGGGCGGAUUGCGAAAACUCGUGCCUGCCGUAUUGCGCGGAGCACCUCGAGCGCGGCGACGAGGCGUUGCGAGUCGUCAAGCAUCCAGUGUUUGGCGAUAAGAUUCUCAUCGCCACGCGAGAUUUACCCAAAGGUUACAAAACAGUAUAUUUCGGCGAGCGCAAGACGUGGAGAGAGUGUGGACGCGCUGGACGCGAUCACGCGAUGCACUUCCGUUCCGGCGGAGGCGUCAUCGAUCCGUGCCCGCUCGGCGACGCCGCGCAGUUACAAUUUAUGUCGAAUCCCGGGCCCAACGAAGUAUCAAACAAUCGAUCCACGAAUGUGUUCUUCGGUGACACGCGCUGUCCGAAACGCACGCUCGUCGGGCGCGAGUUUAUUCUCAGUCGAGACGUGAAGAAGGGCGCGCAGUUGCUCCAGUGGUACGGCGCCGAUUGGUUCAACUCGCGCGACAUCAAACGUCUCGACGUCGGAUGCGACGUCUAUCCAGCCGAGCGUAAGAAACGAAAACAAGAACGCGCCGAUCAUCCAAAUCGCGAGCCUUCGCGCGCGAAAGUCUUAGGCGACGCGACGAACGCGUCGAGCAGACGAUGA